GAGGACAUCUUUGUAAGGCUGAGAUCCUGGCUGCAAAAGGGGUUCACCAAGGGACUGAUGUUCAUUGGAUGGGAAGCUAUCAUCUUUUGGGCAAGUGGGCAUAGUUAAGGAAAUCGAAGUGUUCUCCGGCCACCGGAGAACCUGAUAUUGCUUGCUGCGUUAUCAACUACUCCAACCUAAGGUAUAUGUUCAUUUCUAGAAUAUGAUUUCACGAAAUUCCUUAUCUGAAAUUUUAGAAUUGAAUUUUUAAUAUCAAAUAGUAAUUGGGACUACAGUUUGCUUGCAUAGGGUUGUCAUCGGAUAUGUAAAACUUUGGUGGUAUAAGAAAGUGAUGUUGUCGAAUUUGUGAAACUUUGGGGUAUGCAAAAUUUUUUUUCGUUUCUUUUUCAUUUGUCGUUGGUCCCACUCAUACGUCAGUCUCUUAUCAAACACGGUAUUCGAAAGUUUAUAAUCGGAUAUGUAAGACUUCAUAUUAUUAGGUGGGAAGGUAUCAUUUUACCAAAAAAAAAAAAAAUGUUGGGAAGGUAUCAUCUCUCGGUUCAGAACUUCAUGGGAUCACCAGAAGAUGUAUGGUUAAAGAGAUCACCGGAGAAGUUGAUCUAAUAUGCUGCGUUAUCAAUUACUCCAACCUACGACGUAUGUGGGAGACUCUGGAUGAUGUGCAGGCGUGAGAUGCAAAGUGUGGAAGAUGAAUUCUCGAGGUGCGAUUUCCAUCGUCAAUUGUGUUUUUCCUUGAUACCAAGGUACGUCGUCUUGUUUUAAUUAUGCCUCUUUUUUUUUUCUUACAUUAAAUUGUGCUUUUCCUU